GUAAUGACUGCAAUAAGUUCAUAGAGAGUGAUGAAUUUAGUCCAGUAUGUUCUUUGUGCCAUACUACUUUUAUGCGUUCUUGAUACGAAUUGCAAUCUCAAUGAAUUUAUAGCGAAUUUGCCGGCAGAAUUUGAGAAUGUUGCAAGUAAUGCCUGGAAGGGCAUAGUGAAAGCCAUAAAAACUCCAAGAUUAAGAAAAACAAAACGAAAUAAAAAAAGAAAGUUAACAACCACAGAAAUACCAACAGAACUCGACACGAAGUUGGUCGCUAAAAUUGACAUUUAUCCGGAAACUGAAUCAUAUAAAAUGAAGGUUACGAUUCCCAUAUUACAUCAGCCGGAAUGGAAAUCGAUGCUGCAUUGGAGACACCUUCAACGACCAAAUCUUAUAGAGACAGCAAAUACCUUGGAACAAAAAGGAAACGUGAAAAUAAACGGAAUAUUCCAAUAUGAAGGUUAUAGCCCCAAAAAACAGAGGGCUAUUGAAGAAAACGACGAAAAUGAAUUUGGUAUUUUGUAUUUCAUAUAGUGAAAAUUUUUGUGAGAAUUUUGUUUCAAUUCUUGUUAUUUUUUUCUUUUCUAUAUAAAAAUUAUACCAACAGUUCAUUAAUAAUAAAGGCAAAGGAAAUUAUAAAAUUACACUGCAAUAAUAUAUAUUAAUGUA